AUGUUAGCUCUGGCACUAUUAUUGGGCGCAUUGCCUUUUGUUAUGAUAAUCGGAGUUAUGUUUAAUACAAUCGUGUAUUUCAUGGCUGGACUCAACCCCGAUCUAAGGACUUACGGCAUUUCUAUUGGUUUAUGCUUUUUAAUGAUUAUGUGCGGCUGUUUUGUAGGGUGUUUUAUAUCGGUAAUUAGUCCUAAUUCUGAAAUGGCCAUGUUGAUAUUCACGCCAACACUAAUGACCAUGAUGCUGUUUAGCGGAUUAUUUAUAAAUGUCGGAAAUUAA